UCUAGACGGGGGAAACGAGAGUUGUGCUACUUUUUAAUCCGUUGCAUCUGCCUAAAUGCACUUUCUGAGGGAAAAAUACUUUUCAGAAAUCGAUAAUUCAGAAACUCGUCUCUACCUCGGCCUGAUUAUUUUUGUAAUUAUUGCGGCGGAUUAGCAGCCAUACGAGCUCGAAAGUUCCGAGACAAGAAAGGGGUUACCCUGAAUACGCAAGAUGAGAAGAGGGACCUCCUCGGCUCCGGACAAAGUGAUUUUAGCAGGGGUUGGAGGCUCUUCUCUGGAAAAUAAUAUUAUUUUAACAGCUCUCUCGGAUCGUUUGAACCCCGGUCAAUCAAACGCUACGUAUAUCCAAAUAAUAACCACACCACCGCCUUGCAACGUUACACAGACAUCAAAUGUGUGUUUAUCCGAGCCUCAGGUUAACAACAUUUACACAACUCCACAACAAGCUGCAGCAAACGGAGCAGGACAACGACCCACUCUGGGAAGACCGCCGGCAAAAAGGCGAUUGGCACUCGAUGAUUCGGACCACCAGUACCAGACAGAACGAGCCAAAACUCCAAGAGGUAGAGGAGGAGCCACAGCAGCAGAUGGGGCACGGCUAAAGACACCCAGAACGCCCAAGUCUCCACCUGAAAAGACGCGGUAUGACACGUCCUUGGGCCUGUUGACAAAGAAGUUUGUGGACCUUCUUGCUCAGUCUUCUGAUGGUGUGUUGGACCUCAACCUUGCCGCUGAAACCUUACAGGUACAGAAAAGGCGGUUGUAUGAUAUCACCAAUGUACUAGAAGGCAUUCACCUCAUUAAGAAGAAAUCAAAGAACAACAUUCAGUGGAUGGGCUGUAGUCUGUUGGAGGUCGAGGGGGCGCUAAGCCAGAGGCAAAGACUGACAGCUGAAGUUUCUGCGCUGGCCGAUGAAGAGCAGAGGCUCGAACAACUCAUCCAGAGAUGCACCCUGGAUAUGAGACACAUGAGCGAGUUGCCAGGCAACCAGAAAUAUGCUUAUGUAACAUACCAAGAUAUCAAACAGGGGAGCCUCAGAGACCAGACUGUUAUUGUUGUCAAAGCUCCCACAGACACCAAACUAGAAGUGCCAGACCCUGAGGAGAGUUUAUCCAUACACCUGACCAGCACUAAGGGCCCCAUAGAAGUCCUGCUGUGCCCAGAUGAGGAAAACGACCCCAGGAGUCCUGUAAAAAAUGGAAACACAGACAUCAAUGGGAACUCUCCUUUUGUCAAAGUCCUUCAAGAUCCCAGCGGCACAACCACUUCUCCUAACCCCUUCCUGGCCCAACCUUCCUCCUCCUCAGCUGUCGCCGUCACAACUCUUUCACCCAUCUCAUCCCCUUACACCAGUCUUCUGCAGCAGACAGAAGACCAGAUCCCUUCAUCCCUGGGUCCUUUCUUAAACCUUGGACCUACUCUUCUGGACCAAGAUGACUACCUAUUAGGUUUGGAAGGUGACCAGGGAAUUAGCGACUUGUUUGAUGCCUGUGACUUUGAAAAAAUGACCUCAUUUGAGGAUCUCCUGUGCAGCUAGCAUUAGCUGAAAGAAUCAGAUGGAAACACUGAGGGCUUUUUCUGUCCCACAGGGGAUCCCAUGUUCUUUUAUGGUAUAAGUAAUAAACAGCCUCAUCAGUGUAAAGCCUUUGAUCUCCUUUUUAGUGGAUGCUAAUUUACACAAAUGGUUGGUUAAAUGUAAAUGGGGGAUAGGAAGGGUAUUCACUGCUCUGUGUGAGUGUUACUGUAGAGUGACAACAAGACAGAACAGCUAUAAGGGAACACCCCCACACCGCUUGGCAUUACCGCACAUCCUGGGUGAUUGCAUUGUGUUUAGCAUAACCGUGCAGUCACCCAAAACCGCCCGCGAGAGCAGGGUGGAAGAAAAAUCGGUCAAACCUUGAAGGAUCUUGUCUGGGAAUUUGUUUCGGUAAGGAAAGGAUACGGUUGAUCAUCUUUAUCUUUUUUUUAUUGUCGGGUGUGCAGAGCCACCCAGGUAAUGCUUGUGAUGUGUUAUUGCCAAGUGCUGUGGGAUGGAAGUUCUGAAGAAUUCAUGCUAAUUUCACCCACAACAGUGAUCUGUGAUUGAAGGCUUUUACCUGCUGACUGUUAAAUAGUCAUCUUCUGUGUGCAAAUAUAAAAUAUUUUAGAAAUUAAAAAAAAAAGAAAAGAAACUGUCAAAUACAUUUAAUACAAUUAUAAAGUUCAGAGUGUGAGUAUUGGGUAUGUUUGGGUUUUCUUGUCCAUUGAAAAGUUGGUGUUCUGGAGUACCAAAACUGCAGUGGAAAAUAGGAAUAUGUACUCUUGAUUCACUUAAACAAGACAUUUAUUCCAUGUAUUCCAGUGUCUCAUCUCCUGAUCAAGUAUGCAACCUGCUAAGUUGCUAUUUCUGGCUAAUGGGUAAAUCUGGACACGAGAUGUGCAAACUUGAAGAUCAUCUUCAACUCAUACUCUUAUUUAGUGUGUUCGGGACUUGACUCCUUCACUCUUGCUGCCUUUUACCUUUCCCACCUUCAGCAGCAAGAGCCGGCACAAUUGAAUCCCUUUAUGCCUCCUCACUUAGGCUGUGUGCUGUGCAAUUAUACUGUGGUUUGAGCUAAUCAAAGAAAUUUGUUUGAAUCACUUACCACUCAAUGCACACUUCCUACUCAGUGUGUACUGAGACCGUGUUGUCGACUCUCUUUAGCUUCAAUAACUGUUGAAUUUUAAUGGAUUUUAAAACUAUAGAAAUGACUUAAUAUUAUGGUCACCUAUAGGAAAAAAAAAAAAAAAAAAAGAAGGAUGAGAGAGCCACUUAUUUAAACUUCAGCAUGUAAUGAAGGGCUUUUUCCCCUCUGUAACAGAUGCUAAAAAAAAAAAUAUAUAUAUAUAUAAAAAAAACAAAUACAGCUGUUUUGUAAUCUAAGUGAUUCCAGCGGAACUAAACCUUAGUGAAUUGUGUUGUUUAGAGCCACUGAAUUUACAGUGAUUAGUCAGCAAAAAGCUUGAUUAGUUGCUGAAAAGCUGAAGGGAUGUAUUUUUCUCCUCCUUAGGUAUUAGGAACGUCAUCCCAGUUCACUACCAGUAGCUUGUGUCUCAUUACAUCCUUUAUAAUAGUGAAGUGCAAAGAGACCUUGGUUUUUAGAGAUCACAGGUUAUAUUGCUGCUGUUAAUGUUGACCCCCACCCCCCACCCCCUGACCUGAUUGCCGUGUGCUUGAGUAAUUGCGUGUGCAGCGUGUAUGUGAGAUGUCAGUUUGAGCUUGCUUUAAAGAGUGAGCCUGCCUGUGUAUAAAUUGAUGUACAGUUUUUACAGUUUUUUUUCAGUGCAAAAGGUACUGUAGGCUACCUCUCACUUAAUGUUGCAAAAUAGAAAUAGGGCGUUAGAGGUAAAUGUCAUAGUUUGUAUGAUUCUGAAUUCCCUUUUUGUUCUAAAAAUUACCCUUGUUUUUUUAGCAGUCAUGUUGGACACCCCGACAAAUGGUGAGAAUACCUUUUGGUCAAAAGCCAGUCUUAUACUGUCACAUUAAUUCUGACUGUUGGGGUGCACAUUUGAAGUGUAGAAAAGUGAAUGAAUGUAUUGCAAUACUUUUCCUUUUUGUUCUGUCUUCUCCAAUAAGUUAUUUAGCUCCUUUGUCAGUGUAUUUUGUUUUUAAAUACAGAGCUGUCACUUAAGACACCAAAAGGACACAUUCAGUAAUGCACAGAUGCAGUCAUUGAUCCACAGCUGGCGUAUCUGGUCAUUCAGAGACAUUUCUGUGUUCUCGCAUCCCUGUGGAUGAGUGGUUUGGUUGUCCUCUGAAUAUCAGGGAGUGUGUAAAAUCCCUGAUGUCAUCCCGUACUAUUUCUGCCGUUUUCACUUUCUUGGAGAGUGCUGAUGUCAGUGUUCUGAUUAUGUUCAUUUUCAUGCUCAUUAUUUUUGCGAUGUGCUAGACUAUGUUUGCCCGCUUUAAUGUUCAAGAAGACAUAACACUGUACAUUUCUGCAGCGCUUCUGUUCACCCUCUGUCUGAAACGCUGCGUUUUAGCCUGCGUGUCUCGAAUGUCCCAUUCGUGCAAAGUGGAGUCUGCACUAAAUGGCUGGCUGGCAUGAAGAAAGCAAAGUGACGUCUGAGAAACAGAAAAUGUGUAAAUGCAAAACUCCC